AUGGUGCCAGUUGCGAUCCGGGUGCUGGACCGGAUGCCCCAUAACAAGAGCCACAAAGUUGAUCGACAAGCGCUGAAAGAAAGCAAUGAUGUGCUCAUAACAUUCAGUACCACCCCAUCUAAAGCUGCCCCAAGGACUGCUCUCGAAAGGACUUUAUCAGAGGAACUGGUCGGCCUCUUGCAGGUAAAUGUUAGCAUCACAGACAGCUUUUUUGAGCUAGGAGGACAUUCCUUGACGGCGAUUCGACUGGUCGCCAAUAUCAACAGCCGUCUUGGAACAAGUCUCAGGGUUGGAGAUAUUUUUUCUUGCAAGCUGGCUGUUGAACGACACAAUUUUCUACGUACCGCCUUUUUCAAGUAUCAAGAGCAAUACCUGCAGAUAAUUCACCGAGCUACUAAUGUUGAUUUUGUUCACAAGUGCCCAGGCGAAUCCUUGGAGUCCACCGCAGACCUGAUUUCCGAGGAGUAUAUGAGCCUAUCUCAGUUAUCGGGUCAGCCCCUCCCUCGGUUUGUCUUGCUGUCUCGAUCUGCCACAGAACAUCGGUUUCUUGUGCAAUUAUCCCACGCGCAGUAUGACGGUUUUUCAUUUCCACUUUUUCUCUCCGAGAUAAGCUCAUCUUACUCCAAUCCUUCUUUGUCCCUCCCUCCUGCGACCCAAUACUCCGAUUUCAUCUAUGCUCGGAGCUUCCUUGACCAAGUUGCCCCUCGCGCAGAGGCAGGAGAAGACAUCCCAGCCCCUGUGACAGCCAUCGCUGUGGACGAUCUCCCCACGUUGCUUGGGGUCAUUCUCUCUACGCUCGUCAACGUGGCUUUCGCGUUCAUGUUGGCAGAAAUGGUCAACAGCGAUGAACUCACCUUCCUCGCGAUGAAUAUUCGCGAUAUUGCCGUGAAAGACGCUGGUAGCAUCAUGGGUUCGUGCAUCAAUUGGAACCCAAUACGCGUGCACAUCAAGCCAUACCAGACCGUCUUCGACAUUUGCCGACGCUUCCAUGAGGAAUACGCCGGAGUAUCACGGUACAGCUCGCUCGACCUGCCCGACAUUGUCGCAAACUGCACCAACUGGCAGGUCGACAGUCGCUUUGGUGUCAUCAUCAACCAUCUGACUGGAGGUAAAGACUGUCCACUGAAGCUGCAGGGCACUGAGACCGCAAGUCUUGGCUUUGGUACACGACUCCAGGCCCUCGUUCGCGCCAUCGCGGUCGAGGACACGAAGUUGGAAAUCCAGGUUCUGACCUCGGAUCGCAUGAUGAGCAGCGAGGGUGCGAUGGCCUUCGCUGCGCUGUUGUCGAGAACGGUGAAGUUAUUCUCGGAAUCUGCUCAUAAGCCCCUCAAACCACUGCAGUACAGUGAGCUGAAUUAA